AUGCUGUCAGACAUGGAGAGGCUCAUUGAACUCAUCGUCCAGGGAGACCAAGACUCUGUCCAAUUCCUACUGGACAGCUACAACACCCAGCAUGCACAGUGCUUCUUUUUCAACACUGAGGCACAGGAGAGAAAAAAGCGUCUGGCUUCAGCCCUGCUGUCCUUCAUCAAUGCUCAGCUGCAGCCAGCCGUGUUACGGGUUUGCCUGCAUACGCUGCGUAUCCUGUCCCGGGACCGGCGGGCCCUGGGGUCCAUGGUCACUGAUGGCGCCCUUUUUACCUUGGCACACCUGGGAGGCAUCAGCCCACAGCAGGAGAACAGUGAGGAGGAGGAGAAGGAAGAGGAUGGGGAGGCGUGCAAGAAGGAGGCCAUCAAAAUCUUGUGUAAUGUCAUCUACAACAGUCCCAGGGCCCAGGAGAGGGCCAGUAAACUCAGGCUGCUGCAGGGUCUGUGGGGGAGUGUGAAGCAGGGGCUGUGUAGCAGCGUGCCGUGCAGCGGUCACUUCUACAAGCUGAGAUUGCUCUUCUUACUGACAGCUCUGAGGCCUGAGCUCCGGCUGCAGCUGCAGCAGGAGCGUGGGGUAUCCGUACUGACCAAAGCUCUGGAACAGUGCCUGGCGGUGAGCUGGGGGGAGGGACAUGAGGUGCUGAGUGACAGCACAACUCCUCCCAUCUCCAUGGCGAUGUCCCAGGAUGUCAUUGAGAUCCUCAAGACACUCUUCAACAUCACCCACAUGUCCCACAGGCAGGAGCCAGACGAGGAGGAUGCUGCUCUGUAUCGCCACCUGGCUGCUGUGCUGCGACACUGUCUGCUGCUGUCAUGUGAUGCAGAAGACAGGCUGGAGGAACUCCAAGGACACACUGUGAAUAUCCUGUCAGCUCUACCGCUGACGUGUCUGGACGUGCUGCUGUCUGUCUGUGUGGACCAGGCAUCCCAUCAGUGGGAGGGAGUCAACAUGGACUGUGUCCACGCACUGCUGCAGUUUAUGGACAGACGUCUGAACAGGGGUCAGAGGCUGAAGGAAAGACUAACGCCUGUACUCAACCUGCUGACUGAGAGCUCUCGGGUACACAGGGAGACGCGGCACUACUUACGGCAAAAGAUUUUACCUCCACUGAGGGACGUUGCCAUCCGACCUGAGCAGGACACCACAGUGCGGGGCCAGCUGGUGCGCCUGAUGACCCAUGUUGACACGGAUGUGAAACACUGUGCUGCUGAGCUGCUCUUUGUGCUCUGCAAGGAAAAUGUCAGCCGCUUUGUCAAAUACACGGGGUACGGCAACGCUGCAGGGCUGCUGGCAGCUCGGGGACUGCUGCACGGCAGGAGGAAUUCAGGAGACAGACAGAGUUCUUCUCACUACUCUAGUGACUCCGACUCAGACACAGAGGAGUACCGGGAGGCCAAAGCCAGGAUUAACCUGGUGACUGGCCGGGUGGAGGCGGAGCAGCCUGACCCGAUGGAGGGCAUGACGGAGGAGGAGAAGGAGGCGGAGGCAUGCCGCCUCAUCAGCAUGAUCAACAGACUGUCACAGUGA